AUGGUCAUUGAGAACCAGAACCGCCAGUACGGCGGCAUGGGCUUCGAUCAUGUCUACCAGAACAAUCUGCCUCACACCCAGACACCCCAAUUCACAGAUCCCUGGGCUGCCCACACUUCGUCGCACUCGACCCCGCCGGUCUAUACCUCGACCUCGAUGGGCAGCAGCCAGCUGGCCAUGAACCCCGUCAAGCAUGCUGAUGUCACCCGCCCGACUGCCAUCUCCUUGCCGUACUCCAGCAUCCCCGUCUCUGCGCCGUCGCUGGUUGCCGGCAGCAACUACCCAACCUCAGCCUACGCGGGCACCGAGAUGAUGAACAUGCAACACGAUAUGCCGCGCUCCACCAUGGAUGGCGCUCCUUCAUACACGGCUGCUGCUCCCAUCGGUGGCUUCACGCCGGCCAACUACCCACCAUUGAACUACAGCCAUGGCAUGCAUCCGCACCAGGAUGCCCGUCGCAUGUCGCACUCAGCCGACGCCCGUGUCUCACAGCCUGCUGCCACCUACAGCGACGCCAUUGACGCCAGCCGCGGAAUGGUUGCCCUCAGCCAGGACCUCACUCCUCGCAACAUCUACGCGCCUCGCAACUCGCGCGGUUCCGCCGAUUCCUACGGUUUCCCGUCUACCCAUUCAUCUGUCUCGUCCAUGUCAUCAACAGGCAACUACCCCUACUAUAGCGCCUCUGUCGGCUCCGUCGAGUCAUCCGUCACAGACUACAGCUCGACCUCCGAGUCGUACGAUGGUCUUCCGUCGCGAACACUCCCGCGACCCAACACUCUGCUGGGCGCUGCCGCGCCUGCCGGUCCUCAGUCGAUGAUGAGCCAAUUCAGCUCGAAGAUGCCGUCCAACGCGCAGAAGAAGCACAAGUGCAAGGUUUGCGACAAGCGCUUCACCCGUCCGUCAUCUCUUCAGACCCACAUGUACAGCCACACUGGCGAGAAACCCUAUGCUUGCGAUGUUGAAGGUUGCGGUCGUCAUUUCUCUGUUGUUUCCAAUUUGCGCCGACACAAAAAGGUCCACAAGGGCGAAAAGGAAGCCGGAUCUGGCGAAGAUGAGGAGUAA